AUGUUUCUUCACUCCGUUAACUUCGGGAACAUGCCAUUUUAUGUUGGCAUGAUCUUCAUGGCGUCCCUAGGGCUGUGGGAUGUCUUUUUCGGCUUCGAGGAGAACCGAUGUAGCAUGAGCUAUAUGUUCGAGUACCCCGAGUAUCAGAAGAUACGCCUUCCAAAGAAACUGGCAAAACGCUAUCCUGCAUAUGAAUUGUAUCUUUAUGGAGAAGGAUCUUAUGCUGAAGAACACAAAAUUCUGCCUUUGACAGGCAUUCCAGUCCUCUUUCUUCCUGGUAAUGCUGGAAGUUACAAGCAAGUUCGUUCUCUUGGCUCUAUAGCACUUCGAAAAGCAGAAGACAUUGACUUCAAGUACCACUUUGACUUCUUUAGUGUAAACUUCAAUGAAGAACUGGUGGCGUUAUACGGUGGAAGUCUUCAGAAGCAGACCAAGUUUGUACAUGAAUGCAUUAAAACAAUUCUGAAGCUCUACAAGGGUCAAGAAUUUGCUCCAAAAAGUGUCGUGAUAAUUGGUCACUCAAUGGGUGGCCUCGUUGCAAGAGCAUUGCUUACACUGAAGAAUUUUAAGCAAGACCUGAUAAAUCUUCUUAUUACACAAGCAACACCUCAUGUUGCUCCUGUGAUGCCAUUAGAUCAUUUCAUUACAGAUUUUUAUGUGACUGUAAACAACUAUUGGAUUCUGAACGCCCACCACAUAAAUUUAACCACACUCUCUGUGGCAGGAGGAUUUCGAGAUUACCAAGUUCGUUCAGGAUUGACUUUUCUGCCACAACUAAGCCAUCACACCAGUGCCUUAUCUGUUGUGAGUUCAGCGGUGCCUAAGACCUGGGUCUCAACAGAUCACCUCUCCAUAGUGUGGUGUAAACAGUUGCAAUUGGCUACAGUUCGAGCAUUCUUUGAUCUUAUUGAUGCUGAUACUAAACAAAUAACACAAAAUUCCACAAAGAAGUUGUCAGUUUUGAAUCACCACUUUAUAAGACAUCCAGCCAAAUACUUUGAGGAAAAUCCAACGAUUAUUUCUGAUUUAACAGAAACAUCUAUGUGGGUUCCAGUAAAAGUUCCCAAGUGGACCUAUGUGGCUUAUAAUGAAUCUGAUAAGAUAUAUUUUAUAUUUCCUCUUGCAAAUCAUAGAAAAAUCUACACUCAUGCCUAUUGUCAAAGCACCAUGCUGGAUACAAAUAGUUGGAUUUUUGGAUGCAUAAACAGUACUUCUAUGUGCCAGCAAGGAAUUGAUUUAUCUUGGAAAACGGAACUCUUGCCAACAAUUAAGUAUCUGACCUUAAGUCUUCAAGAUUAUCCAUCUUUGUCUCACCUUGUUGUUUAUAUACCUUCUAUCCCUGGAACUAAGUUUGUUGUAGACUGUGAAUUCUUUAAAAAAGAGGCAAUAUCCCUACAGCUUCCUGUAACUCAUCUUUUUUCUUUUGGAUUAUCUUCUAGGACAGUGACAUUAAAUACAAGUGGUUUGUUUUACAAUGUAGAGCUCCUGAACUUUACACAGAUAUACCAAGCUUUUAAAAUCAACGUGGUGAGCAAGUGUUCAGGAGUCAAAGAAGAAAUAACAAGUAUUUACAAACUUCAUAUUCCCUGGUCUUAUGAAGAUUCACUCACCAUUGCACAAGUUCCAUCUUCCACAGAAAUUUCUCUGAAACUCCAUAUUGCUCAACCAGAUAAUUACACCCAUGUGGCGUUAUUAAAAAUGCACACAUCUUCAAACUGUCAUUAUGAGGUUACAAUUAGGACCUCCUUUCCACAAAUACUUGGACAGAUAAUAAGAUUUCAUGGUGGAGCUCUUCCUGCCUACAUUGUAUCCAGUAUUCUUCUUACUUAUGGAGGACAAUUAUACUCUCUUUUCUCAACAGGUCAUUGCUUAGAAUAUACUACUAUGUUGGAUAAAGAAGUCAAAUCUUAUAAAGUUGACCCUUUUGUAAUUAUGGUUAAAUUUCUGCUGGGGUAUAAGUGGUUUAAAGAAUUAUGGGACACGUUAUUGUUACCAGAAUUAGAUGCUAUAAUUUUAACCAAUCAGAGUGUGUGUUUCCCCCUUGUGUCCUUGGUUCUUUUUCUGUUUGGAACGUGUACUGCUUACUGGGGUGGCCUCCUCUCUUCAAUGUCUCUGAGACUCCUUUCUUCAUUGUGGCUGCUUUUGAAAAGACCCUCUGAGCUUCCUAAGAAUAUCAAGGCAGUAUCACUAGAUUUGUCUUUUAUCAUCGUUGUUUUGAUCAUGGUUAGUUGGGCAACUUGUGGAGCAUUUGCCAUCCUUCUUACAUAUCUUUACUAUGUGUUUAAGAUUGUUCAUCUUCAAGCCAGCCUAACAGCUUUUAAAAAUAAUGAAACUGAGAAUCCCAAACAUUCAAGAAAUGGAAAGCAUUCUGAUCACAAGGAUGCUCCAGUACACCGUCUUGGCUUGUCACCUAGUGAUGCUGAAGACAGUCUUCACAUGCACGAUACUGUGAUGAACUUACUGACAUGGAUUGUGUUGCUCACUAUGCCAUCGUUUAUUUAUUGGUUUAAAAACCUCAGGUAUUAUUUUAAACUUAACCCUGAUCCAUGUAAACCUUUAGCAUUCAUCCUUAUUCCAACUAUUGCAGUUCUUGGAAAUACUUACACUGCUUCAGUAAAAUCAAGUAAAUUGCUGAAGACUGCUUCACAAUUUCCACUUCCUCUUGCUAUUGGUGUGAUUGCUUUUGGGUCAACACACUUGUACAGGGUUCCGUGCUUUGUCACCGUUCCUCUUUUGCUCCAUGCAGUAUGCAACUUCAUGUAA